AGAAUAAAAUGACUGAAGAAUUGUGUCUCUCAUUCAUAUUCUUCAAUUUCUUUUCCUUGAUUUUUUCCCACCCUCUCUACUUCUUCUACUUGCUCUUCUUCUCCCCUUACCUUCUAAAACUCCUCUUUUUCCUCUCUCCCCUUCUCACCACCACCUCCCUCAGCUUCCUCCUCAUUCCCUCCUUCCCUCUUCCUCGCCAAGAUGAUCUCCAUCAUUAUUGGCUCAACCUCGUCUUUGAAGAACCCGUUCGAGAAGUCGAAACAAAAGCUAAAGAUAUUACAGAAGUGAUUCCGAACAAGGAAGGAGACAGAUCACACUCUUCUUCUUCUUGUUCUUCGCGAAAAAAGCAAAUUAAGCAGAGAGAUGAGUGGAGGAGGAGGAGCGCGCAACUCAGCUUCAAAUUCUUUGAAGACCACUAUGAUAAUAAUAAUAAAGAUGACGAGAUGGAUUUGCUUUGGGAAAUGUACGAGGCCAAGGAAUCAAAGAUGGGAGAAUUAGUCGACGAUAGUAAACGAGGCGACGACAACUCGAAGAAGAAGGAUCUAAGAAGUCUCGUGAACGAGAAGGAAGCGGAGGAGGGUGAGGAAGCCGAAGAAGAAGAGAUUGGGAAGAUUUGUUGCUUACAAGCUUUGAAAUUCUCCACAGGGAAAAUGAGGCUUGGGAUUGGAAAGAGGAGCGGUUUGACAAAGAUUUCUAAGGCAUUCAAAGGCCUUAAAUUCUUGCAUCACCUCAACAACCAUGGUAAGAAGAACAGGCAUUCUUGAAUUCUUUUCCUUUUUACUAAUAAAAUCAGUCAAAUACUAAAUUUGUGUUCUUGGUUUUUGGGUAAUUAUUUGUUUUC